AUGACCUCUGCCCAAGCGCGUUCUGUCUGGUACGAUGAAAAUGGCAACUUUACAGUGCCAGCACCUCUCCCGAGAUGUCUGGAAGAGCCACCACUCUACACGUCGAAUCCGAGGAAGGUCCACCCUAAAGUGUUCGCCAUCCCUUUGACGUCAAGUGAUAUUAUACGCUUCAUGGAUAAGCACUUACCCGGGGACAAGUCCAACGCCAUGGAACAACAUCGAGUCUUCUUGGAUCGGUUUUGGGAAUUUACGCCCGAUGGUGUCGACCGCGUGGCUUUCAUUAUCGUCCCCCUCAGGAACGGAGCUCGCUGGGAACCUUUGGGUCUAGUCAUUGGUAGCAACCUUGACGAAGAAGACAUGCAGCAGGCGAGGAACGAGGCCUUAGUCAAGGAGGCGCAGGAGAUUCUUCAGGUCAAAACCCCUCCUGCAUGGUACCACUACAAGAACCCUUGA